ACGUAUCAAAGUUGCAUUUCCAUUAACUUCAAAAAAGAAAAAAGGAAAAAUUACAUUUUUGUUUCCAUUUCCACUUCUUCUUUGCUUGCUUUUCAUCUCAGAGUUCAGACAGCUUUUUCCCCGACUCUCUUCUCUAAAGAGAGACAAAGGAAGGGACAAUAAAUUCUCUGGUCGGUCCCAGAUUUCUGAUCUAUUGAAGAACUUGGGGUCUUAAAUCCAUUUGUUUUCCUUUUCGAAGUUGCUGUAAAUUUCUGAUCGGAUUUUGCUGAUGGGGGCUUGCUGGAGUGAUCGUUUCAACUCUCUGAAUCCUCAUACAGGUCUUACAAAUUGUAACUCUAAGAGAGGAGAUGGGGAACACUCACAUAUUUCCACCAGCAAGGUAUCCUCAGCCUCCAUACCUGCGACUCCUCGGAGCGAGGAUGAGAUUCUACAGUGCUCCAAUCUGAAAAUUUUCACCUUUAAUGAAUUGAGAACGGCAACGAGAAACUUCCGCCCUGAUAGUGUAGUUGGAGAGGGUGGGUUUGGUUCAGUCUUCAAAGGUUGGAUUGAUGAGCAUUCUCUGACUCCCACCAAGCCGGGCACUGGCUUGGUAAUUGCCGUGAAGAGGCUCAAUAGAGAGGGGCUGCAGGGUCACAGAGAGUGGUUGGCGGAGAUCAACUACUUAGGGCAGCUUUCCCAUCCUAAUCUUGUGAAGCUGAUUGGUUACUGCUUUGAAGAUGACCACAGGCUGCUGGUAUAUGAGUUUAUGCAAAAGGGCAGUGCAGAGAAUCAUCUCUUCAGAAGAAGCUCUCACUUCCGACCGCUUUCGUGGAAUGUUCGGACAAAAAUUGCUCUUGAUGCUGCCAGAGGACUUGCGUUUCUUCACAACAGUGACAUGAAAGUCAUAUAUCGCGACUUCAAGACAUCUAAUAUUCUUCUCGAUGCGAACUACGACGCAAAGCUCUCUGAUUUUGGAUUAGCCAGAGACGGGCCGGUUGGAGAUAAAAGCCACGUCUCUACCAAAGUCAUGGGAACCCAUGGAUAUGCAGCUCCUGAAUACUUAGCCACAGGUCAUCUCACAGCGAAGAGCGAUGUAUACAGUUUUGGAGUAGUUCUUCUUGAACUGUUAUCAGGGCGACGAGCCAUAGACAAGAAUCGACCAUCUGGGGAACACAACUUGGUUGAUUGGGCAAAACCGCAUCUAAUAAGCAAACGAAAAAUCUUCCGCGUCAUGGAUAACCGGCUCUCGGGCCAGUACGAUCUCGGGCAGGCGCAAAAGGCAGCAAACCUUGCAUUUCUGUGCCUAGCCACAGAGCCCAAGUACAGACCCACCAUGAAUGAGGUAGUAACAGCAUUGGAGCAGCUUCAGAAACCAUCAGGGAUAUUGAGCAGUGGAAGAGAACAUCAUAAUUCCCGUCCAUCAAAAACUUGAAGAGGCUUCCUCAGCAAAUCUUGUGAAAUGUACAGCUGCUCUAAUGAUAAUGUAUUUCAUAUUUUUCACUCUACUUGUAUGUAACACUUUACUAUGAAAAUGUCGAUAUUGUCGAAUCUAUCUAGUACGAUAUUUGUAGAGCGAUUGAAGAAGAAUUUGUGAAGUAUCAAAUUAGAAAGAAUGUAAGUUCAAUCACUAAAGUUUAAUAUCACACUUUUAUGUGUGUAAAGAACA